UGACGCGCGGGUAACCGUCCUUUGAUCUCAAGAGAUGCUUUCAUCGUCCUUUUCAAUGUAAAUUAUAGUCUGCUUAAUGCUGGAGACCUUUGCGAAGUCUCCCACAAGCAAUGAUUCUCUAAUGAAUUAACACAAUCUCGUGGCACACUCGAUUGCUUACUUCCGCGUUUUCGCAAGCAGGUUUGCCUGGGCCGAAUAAUGACGAAUGGCUGCAUUUGAUACACCCUGGAUGAUGUCUUCCACUCCGGGUUCAUCACGAAGAGACGAUGAUGGAGGCUCCCUAGCCAGCAAUGAUCCGAAUCCUCCGACGGUGGCAGCAUUCUCACCAGUGACGCUUUCUCAUGCCACAUCUGCUAACAAGCAGCGCUCUACGAUACUUGUCCACCAGAAAUCGCCGCUAUUGAUCGCAACUCCUCCUCAGAUCACCAGAGCUUUGGCAUAUUCACAUCCGUUUCUGCUGCCUCUAAACAAGCUCGCCGGAUUGCUGACAUGGACGAGUGGAGAUCCUUGGGAGAGCUUCUUGCUCCUGGCCGGUUUCUGGGGGGUGGUGUUAUACGGAGACGUAGUAAUGCGAUAUGCUGGGCCCGUGGCGAUCGUUAUGGGGUUGAUAUUGGGGAUGUACUCGAGGCGUUACUCGCCACUUUCAUCCACGAGUUGGACUGGAGAAAAGCCGAAGAAAGGACAUAAAAAGACGGAUUCCGAAGCUACGAAUACCAAACACCAAAAGACGCUGGACGAGAUUGUAGAAACCCUGAAAGUCUUUACAUCACGAUGUAAUGUGCUGCUGGAUCCUCUCCUCGAGCUUACCGACUUCCUCUCCACCCAACGAACCGCAACAUCCGCUACAACCAGGCCUGCCCUUACCACCCUCUUGAUCCGAAUCCUUCUCAUCACACCACUCUGGAUUGUCUUGACCCUCAGACCUAUUCAGAUUAUCACAACCAAACGAAUGGUUCUAGUUGCAGGCACACUGUUCUUGACAUGGCAUUCUCGACCUAACAGGGUAUCGAGAGCUAUACUGUGGAGAUCCGCACUUAUUCGCCGAAUGUUGGCUACCUUGACAGGCCUCCACUUCUCUGAUAACCUCACCCCACCACCACCAGCUUCCGAUGCACCACCUCUACCGCCCCGAAAACAGACCGAAUAUCAAGAGAAAGCUUCACUAGCUGCUUCAGCAGCUGCAAAAAGAAGGCCAGAUGCUCCAGGAGUUAGAUUCACAUUCAUAUUGUAUGAAAAUCAACGGAGGUGGGUUGCUUUAGGUUGGACUACGUCCUUGUUUGCAUAUGAAAGGGCAGCAUGGACUGAUGAGCACCUAAACGUUGCUCCUGCAAGAGAAGAUUUUGAACUCCCAGAUGUAGAAGGUGGUGCAGCAAGAUGGAGGUGGGCGGAAGGAAGUAAAUGGCUCGUAGAAGGUGCUGGAGAAUUUGACGAAGGUGGCGUCAAGGCGAAGCCUGAGACUACUGAUGGUGGACAAGGUUGGAUCUACUACGAUAAUAAGUGGCAGAACGGACGAAGAGGACAAGAUGGCUGGGGACGCUACACACGCCGACGAAAAUGGUAUCGCGAUGCAGAACUAGUCGAGGUUUCUCCCUCCACAGAAAUCACACCCUCACCAACCCCCACGCGUGACAGUCCUAGAGCACAACAGACACCUAUCUCUGCACCACUCUUCUCCGAACCCUUACAGGACAAUCUAGAAUACACCGACAAGGCUAGUAUCAGAAGUGGCAAGUCUAAAGCAGAAAGUACUAGUAAAAGUGAUGGCUCGUCCACAAAAAGCUCCGGUUUCAAAAGCAGACCAGCAAACCUGAGGAGAAGAGGCACAGGAAGUAGUUUAAGCAUUGCCAGCGAUGAUGAGAGAGUCCCGAGAGCUAGGGAAGCGGAUUGGGGCAUCGCAGAUGAUGUCAGGAUGGGAUUAGAAUAACAUCCCUCGUCGUGUACACAAUUAUAGGCUUACUUGGAUCAUUGGGCUGGAGUUUUGAGCGACUACCAAUAAUCAUGACUUGCUGUUGUCUCAGAUUUUGUUGCCAUAUGACCACCGUUCGCGAAGUGUUCGAUAUAUUUGUGCUUGAAUAAAGCCCUGAGCAGUGGCUA